AUAACCAAACACACCCAGGAAGUGGCGGUAAUACGCCAGAGCAAAACAACAGUGGCUCGAGGCAGCAGCGCACAUUGUGUCGGAGAACCGUCGACGAGCACGCAGUUGAUAUUGUUUCCAGUCGCACUGAAGCUCAGCCGUGGUCGUGCCGCCAUGUUUUCUUCCCCCUCCAGGAACCGGGCGCUGAGCGCCGCGGCUGCGUUCGCCGCCGUCGUGCUGUGCGUUAGCUUGGUGAGGCCGGCCGAGUGCCAGACCCCGUCCCCAGGAACGCCCUGCUCUGCCUACAAAAGCUGUGACACCUGCGUUCCCCACGCCAAGUGUCUGUGGUGCUUUGCCACCAACAACUGCACAGCAUACCCGGUGACCUGGUUACUGCCUCCUCCGUCGCUGUGUCAGCUGUCCCAGGCUCGAUGGGGAGUGUGCUGGUUGAACUUCGAAGCCCUCAUCAUUACUCUGGCUGUGCUGGGUGGACUCAUCCUCACAAGCAUCGUUGUGUGCUGCUGCUGCUGUUGCUGCAAGAAGCGUCAGUCAGGGCCUGACAGAGAUGAAGAGAGAUAUUCCAGGAGGAGAGACGAGAUCAGGCAACGUGCUGACGAGCGGAAGGUGGAAAGAAAAGCUCGGCACGAUGAGAUCCGCAGAAAGUAUGGUCUGAUGGGUGACUCAGACCACCCGUACAGCAAGUUUGAGAAUGAGUAAAGCAGCUGCGCUGGAGAUAAGCAGGUCCACAACAUUAACAGCGACACACACUCUAAGGAUUGUUGUCGUCUUCCAGACCCGACCGACAUGGACGUUUCUCACUUUUCAGAUAACGAACCUGAUUUAAAAAAAAAUCUGAAUUUACUUUAUUCUACCUUUUGUUAGAAAAGAGAAUGCAGUGCUUUGUGUUGGACACAUGUUAAAUUGCAGCUUAUUUCCUGUUCAGAACUUUCCACAUGAGUUAAUGUCUUUUUGGAUAUUGUAAUUUCAUAUCUUUGUCUUUGCACUUUGUAUAUAUACUGUUAAAUUAGAAAAUACACGAUAAGAGAUGCUCUCACAAAAAUAAAAUAUUCUUUUAACAAUAA